AUGAGUGACAAUAGCGCAUCGGGGCGUUACGAAGGAGUUGACAGCAGCGUGUAUUCUUCGGUGGCUCCCAUAGCUAUCGAGAGAGAUAGUCCAGCGUCCAUAUCAACAAUAAAGAUGUCGAAAUCGGAGUCUAACAGUGGCAACUUCUUCCAGAGAAUGUUUGCAAGCGUCUGCAAGUGGAGUUGGUUGCCAUCUACGGCCUUCUAUUUCUUCGCGCUAUUCGCCGUUGCGAUUGCACUGUACGCUGACCAAUGGUCAGGAAUGAGGAUUGAAUUCAAGGCCGGAGAUGCGAAUGCCCUAAGUCGAACGGUGUUGGGUGUUAAGACCUUGAGACGCGCCGAUUAUAUUCACAAGGAUGAUUCGUCCAUGUUAUUAAGAAGGACGAUCCCUUACAGUAAGAUCAUGGAAGAUUCAUACUGCUCAGAUGAGAAGAAGUCGGUUGACAAACUUGAAGCCACAAAUGUUCCCACCAUUCUACGGCGUAUAGAUCAGGUUGGAUUGGUGGAUCGUGAAACGGAGGCGGCAUUCAUCGCAAAAAAUGGUCGCGUGAUUUACGAUGUAUUAUGCAGCGCCAUCCCAGAUUUUUCAUAUGAUGGCUUUGUGAUCCUGACUCUUCUGCCCAUAUCGGCUAUCCUCUUUCUGCCACUUGGCAUACUUUGUGUCUUGAGGAAUCUUUUUAACAAAGCGUCAACCAGGAGAGGCGUUCAUGAAACGAUAGAAAUACUUGCUGUUAUUACGUGGAUUAUUUCUUUGGUAUUAUCGACCGUCACAUUGAUCUACUAUUGGCCUGAUUUCGUUGGUUUGCUACGUGUGGUACGGAAUAAGCGUGCGCAAAGGUCGGGUUCACGGCCCGAUGAGGUGGACGAUGAGCAGUCGCUUCCGCAGGGACACAGAGGUUUAGUGAUGAUACCGCGUUGGCUGGUGGAGCACGUGUCUGGUCUGGUUGAGCGUCGCUGCGUACACUUCAGCAAGCCUUCGCCGAGCUGCGAGACACGGCGUGACCCGGCUCGCCGGUUCUGUCGCGGAGGUCUGCGUCACCACGGAGAGUGGAUCAGCACGUGCGCCUUGAUCGGGCGGACGCUGCGCGCUCAGGGCAUGCGCUGCGACGUGUUCUAUUCUACUGACACCGGUCGGAGGUUUGUGCGUGCGCUGGAGAGCCGGCUGUGCAGCCUUAGCGCGCAGCAGCUGUUCCAAGUGCUCCUGGCUGGUCUGAAGUUCGAGGCGCCCAUUGAGGGUAUCGUAUGUAGGGAACUAUUGCCUCAGUUGUCCGGGUUGGACACGGUGAGCGUGCUGCGUCUGCCCAGUCUGGUUGCAUCACGCGAUCCAGCUUUCUGGCGUGUGUUGUGGCAGGAGCUGGACUCUCGCCAGCUCGGUGAUAAAAGUUGCUCAGGGGUCCUGCUACGAGUGGAGACCCAUCUGCUAGACUCGUUGCGGUCUGACGCCGCCGCAUAUACAUCUAAAUAA